UCUUCUUUAUCCGUGUUACAUAUUGUAUCAAAAUUAACCCCACUUUGCUUUGAAAAAUAUAAAUAUAGUAACACUUUUUUGCCAAUUUUAUGUUAGUUUCCGAAUCAACCUCAACAUGUACAAAAUAGUGACCAUUUCGUUCCUGAGCAUUCUUGUUUUAACGAAAUGUGAAACACCCUGUGAAGAUUCAAUGGAGUGCAUAGAAACAGAACUCACAGCUCACGUUGACAGUUUGGAAAAUUCUGAGGACGAUGGUGGCAUAAUCUCAGUGAUGAGUAUACCUAGGCAAGGGAAAUCUGUGACACAUGAUGAGAACAUUGUUGAGAGGUGUAUCAGGUUUUUGACAGAGCAUGAAUUGCGGAUCAGGAUACCUUCUUCUGAGGCUAGGAGUCUGAUGAGUGAAUCUCGCACGCGAAAGCUCAGAAGACUCAUCCUACCAAUCCUUUUGCUGCUGAAGCUCAAGGCAGCUAUAAUCUUCCCCCUCCUUCUUUCCGCUGUAGCGCUGGUAGCCUUCAAAGGUCUCGGAGUUGGUGUUGCAGCCUUGGCUAUAGCAGCAGCCACGGCACUGAAGAGUCUGCUGGAAGGCCAUCAUGUCCAUUCUCCGGUUUCUUACGAGUUAGUGCCCCAAGGGGUGCAGCAGUGGAGUAGGUCUUCCCUGGAGGGUAGUUUGAUCGGGUCGCCUUUGAGUAUGGGGUACCAUACCAUUUCUUAGACGAGAAAAUAGAUCCAGAUCUAUAUUCAGACCUAGACAUAUACCUCAUCUACUUAGACCUAGACCUGGAUUAGAACCUAUGAAGGAGUUGGUGGAGGGAAAUCCAUCAUCAUUUCCGACAUUCAAACACUGUAUAUCGAAUUUGUCAUUGUUUCACGGAGUUGUAAAUAGUGUGUGAAUAUUCGGAAAUUGGAAUUUUGUGAGUUCUUUGUAACUUUUUUGUAACUCAAGCAGAAUUGAAUCUUCUUUUAGUUACACUGGUUUCAAUCCUCAUGAUGAUCAUCAUUAUCUUCUGAUUUCCAUAUAGGUACAUCACAUAUACAUGUGUACAUGUGCAUUAUUUUCAUAUAUUAGUCAUCGUCACCAAUAUGAAAAAUAUUAGGCUUCUGGUCAUUCAUGAGAGUUCACUAAACAAGAUUCACAUUCGCUUCCAUUUUUGGCAGAAGUUAGCUGUAUUCUUCCAGUUAAGAUAAUGCUGAAUGAAUCGUAGAAUUUCACUGAAAAUUUCGGAAAUAAUUGUAGCUCUCGUGAUAUUAUUAGUGAGAAUCUAGAUUUUUGGAGAUGAAUAGCAUCAAUGUUAUAGAAUAUAGGAUAAUUUCACUUGUUUCAUUGACUUACGUCACAAUUGCUAUCAAUGUUCUGAUGUCUAACACUAUUUUUUACUAGACACAAGACAAUAAAUCAAUAAUAGCACACGAUUGAAGGUAAAAACAUCAAGAUAGAACAGAGAACAU